UUUUAGCCUUGAGAAAAAGGCCACCAGUGGGUCUUUAUUCCGGUUAUUUACAUAGUGUUAUGCCUUAACAUGCGCUGGAUCAGUUUGUAUACAUUAUGUCGUGCGUUGUUAAAUCAAAGCAAAAUUCAGCGCGUUGUCUCGACGAAGGCUCGGAUUAGAUUUUACGAGAUGAUCAUACAGAAUUUAAUACUGUGGAGAGCAUAAUCAAUCUUUGUGGAUUAAUACAUAAGGAUUUGGGUAAGGCAGGUCUUUGAAUAAGGAGUAUACCAGGGGCGUUGAAAUUGCCAUCAGAGGUAAACAAAAGAAACUAUCGUAUUUGGUUUGCAGCAAGUUGAUCACUAUAUCAAUAAGUAUAGAUGACAUUUACAAAUGCAAGAGGUACAUGAUGCGUUGCCUCAGUGAUACAGUCAAUGCCUAACGCUAGCAUCGAUUUUGCAUGACUGUUUUGCAACGCAAUACAGCUUACGGCUAAUUCGCAGUCAGACUUGAGUGCUGUUACUUGAAGUGCCUCAUACAAGCAAACAUAUCACUUGAGGAGUCUUACCGACAAAAUACCUCGAACAUUUGUGGUGUAUCUUUAAAAUAACAUAUUGAGUCCCGACCAAAUAACGAGCUCUAUUGGAAGUGACGUGUUCAGGCACCUUCAGGCGUCAAAAAAGGUUCUAAACAGGUUAAAGAAUGAUAUUUGCUUGAUUUGCCUAGGCUUGAUCUUGAGAAGAACAGGACAGUUCUUGAGUGUCGUUGAGACCUGAUCUAAUCCGCUUAAUGAAAGGUACACCAGCAGAAAUUGGAACACAGACGUUGGAUAUUCGAUUAAGAAAGACGCCACCAAUACCUACUCUCUUUUUCACUUAAAAGCAAUAUCAGAGGUGCUUCUGCAUAGAAAAUGACCAAUUUGGAUAGUGAAGCUGGACAAGACAGUUCGCAUCAAGUGUGACAAUAGAAUCAUUUCAAAGGGGAAAAACAGAUCGGACAUUUGAACUUGCAAAAUUGUUUCCAAUGAAAAGAAACGGUGUUGCAUUAGCAGAAUACAGGGAAUUGCAGGUUGGAGUUUAGCGACCAGAAGCAGAGAAUUGUUUCGAUAGAGGAAAACUGAGAAUCUGUUGGCGGUGGUGAUUCAGAACAGCCAAAACGGUGAUAUAACUCUAGCAGAAACGCGCGAAGGAGAAUCCGAAAUUUGAAAUUCUUUAUAUGUUCAACUACUUGUAGUCGAAUUUUUGUCAUAGAAAAAGGACAGCGAUUAAUAACUGAGUCGGUGCCAGCUUUCAGUCUUCGAUGUUGACUCGUCUCGUUUACUCGCGAAUUUAAUUUCAUGUACAGUACUGGACAAAUAAAAGACAGUCACCAGAUCAACAGCCAUUGAUUGGGGAGAGCGACGGAGACGGAAAACAUCGGAGCUCGGAGUCAAAAAUAGCAGUUGGUUUAUCGCAUGUUUAGGGUCACCGGUACAGUUUGGUGAGUUGAUCUCUAUGAUUGCUUACUGUGCGGAAAUAUAAGUGAAUAUUACAACAGGUUUGUUAUUGGGACUUUUUCAACUACGCCAUGAAAGAUUCUGAUAAUAGCUGUGGAACAGCAUGAAAAUUUAACCAAAACUACGGAAAUCGAGAAAUACUACGAAAAUUGGCUGCUAUUCGCAGGUGUUAGAUAAGCAGAGAGUCUGUCUUUUAAAAUUAAAAACUACUUUUUUGAGCUUGCUUCUCAAGGCAAAAAAUCUCGCAUCGGUGAUUUUAAAAAUAAGGUUUCAUCAUGGAUCAGCGACGGACAAGUGGUUUCUCGUUAAAUUCGAAGUAUCGAAGCAUGCACCAAAUGGUGUCGGAUAAAAAGCUGCAGAAAGAACUCGGUUCCAUCGAACACGAAUUCGCAAAAGAUGCAAGCAGAUUACGGAAGGAGACACUUGCUAUAAAGCAAGAUUAUUUUAAACUGAAAAAAGAAAAGGGAGCACUGGAUUUGCAAGCGCUUCAGCAAUUGGAGUUCUCGCCAGGAUUACAGGAACGAAACACGCGCUCGAGGAGGUUUGGUGCCUUUGACCCUGCGAUGCUCAAAGCGAGAGACGAAGAAGAAAGCCCUCCUAAAGAAGACAACCGUACGUUUGCCGAGCGGCGAAAAGAUAUGCUCCUCCAGAAACAACUAUCUUCUGUACCAAUGGAUGAUUUUGAAAAUGAGACAAAAAUAAUGGACCCUUACAAACGGGACCUUGACCGGAUUCUUGGCAAUAGCAAACUUGCAAAAGAAGCUAGACUAACAGCGUUAAAAGUGAAAGCAUUGGAUUCGAUGAUUCGGCCCGGUGGCGGACCACGUCGCGAAUCGCAAAACCCUUUGAAUGGAUUUUCUGACAAUAUCUAUAGAAGGAGUCGUAUUUCGAGUAUGCCAGUCGCCAGUACAAUACCACACCAACCGCAUCUGCUGGCACGAAGGAGCAUGUCUGAUUCUUUACACAAAUCAGGAUACAAUAGCUAUCCUAGUAUCACAAAAGUGACGCCGAAGACCGAAAAGGCUCACGGGGACAGAGUACGAAAGAGGAGCAACUCAAUGACGCCGACAACGCUAAUGACAACUCCAAUUGAUAAUGACAUCCUAAGAAGGAGGAGCGAUACUCCUGUUUAUUCAGGGAAAAUUCGACUUGAACCGUUGGAAGAGCGAUUAAGUUCACGUAAUGGUUCGGUUACCAAACUCCCUGACGUAGUACAGAACUAGAUUGUUAUCGCAAAUCGGUAUUCACUGGUCAUCAAUGUUAAGGAUUUUGUGUUUUCAUGCUAUAGCUUAUUUCAUAUUUACAUUUCAUAUGUAAUAUUAACACAUUUAAGCACUCACUACUGGUACCAUGUGGGAAAAACAAUAAUUAUCAAAGUGCUCUGCACAUUCUUAGAGAUGUAAUAGAAAGUGGAGUUGAAAGGAUAUUUUGGUGCCGAAAAAGCCGAUAAUGUGACAAUUUUUCUGGGUCAUUAAUUAUGUUGGCAUUAAAGAAAUAUCAAGCCAUUUUUUAGCCCAACAGGCCCAGCUUAGCAUGAAUUUCAACAUCAUCGCUUAGUCUGUUGUCAUGUUAAUUUUGAGUAUUUUUUUUAAGAGCUAUAAGGCCGAGAGUGAUACACAACUUUAAGACCAACAUACAUAUAUACAUUCCCUCAAAAAUUUCUACAUAUCAUAUUACUUAGAUUAACCGCCCAGGGCGUUCAUCGAACACAUUCCAAAUUUUCUUAGCUGGCUACGAUAAAAUUAAAUUGCUUACGAAUUACAUCCCAUAUGUGUUCUUUUUUCCAUAUCCUCCGAUUGCUCCCCUUUAAAUAGAAGAAGAGAUUUUUCGAAGGGACUGCACUUUGUGCAUUUUAACAUUUUGAAGGGGGUGAAAAAAGAAGGAGUGUGGGGGUUCAUUGAAGGUGUUGCUAACUCAAUGUAAUAUAGAAAUAGCUCAUGGAACUUGUAGAAAUAUUAACAUUCAUCAGACUGUUAAAAAGCCUGAUCGAAGAUAUGCUGCGAAAGGCGUGAUCAUAUGUUUAUCUGGAAAAAGAUUUUCGCUCGUUUUUCCCCAUCCAUUUAAAAUUAAGAACCCUAAUAGUUACAACUGAAAAAAUUUUAAGCCAUUUUCUGAAACUUUAUUUUUUCAUUUAAUGACUUUUCAACAUAAGAAAAAAGAUGUCAAAUGGGAAACCAAUUUGUUUCCUUACUUUUUAAAUCAAACAGCUUCUUUUUCAUCUCCGACAAAAUCCCCCUGACUACUCUUAUCAUAGCAUACAAAGAAAAUACCCUUUACCAAAAAUGUCCUAACCAUUGAACUAUUUUAUAAAGAACACGCCCGUGGGCAGACAUCAAUAAAACCAAAGCUGAUUAAAUGCUUUGAAAAGUGAAUAUUAAAAAUACACGAAACGAAUACGAGUUUUACACAUUACUGUGUGAAGCGAUUUUUUGAUAAUUUUAUAAAUGUAAUGUAUCGCGUAGCUUUGCUGUACAGUUUUUCAAGUUAUUUACAUCCAUUUUGACCUAUUCUCUUUUACAUGCCAUGGCAACCGACAAACUCAAAAUUAAUCAGUUUAUCAGUUUAUUAAUACAUUUUGUGAGCAAACUGCUGUAUUUGUGUCAUUCGCGUUGUUUACUUGCCAUGUAACUUCUGCAACCAAAGCGGCAACUCUCAGUACUUUAACUAGCAGCAAAUAAGGUCAGGAAUAUCGUUUGGUUCGAUUGUACAAGUUCGAGAAGUGCGAGGAAACGUAGCACGAAGGGUACUAUGGGAAAUGUGUUGUUGCUAGGAAACGCCUGCGAAGACUGAUAGACGCUGUUGCUAGGAAACAAGAGCCAACAUUCCCCUCAAAAUUGUUGCAACAACCGUGUCAUCUUUCCAACUCACUGCCCAUCAUCUCGAGGGGCAUAAAGCUUCACAAAUAUAUCGUACACCUUUGACAAUAGUCUUUUUGUCUUUUUUAGGAAAAACUUCUGAAAACCCCCUAAAGGCCGAUUUCCAUUAGGCGAAUUCUUUCACGCGAAUCGAAUAAAUAUUCGUAGCGAUAGAGUAGGACCGUGAUCAACUUUCUACGAAUCGAAUUCUUUCGCUGCAAAAUCUGAGAAUAUUACACCACGUAUGCUCACAUUGGCAAAGAUUCGAUUCGCACGAAAGAAAGGGGAAAAGUAGAAAUCGGCUUCAAGAAUCCAAUGGUUUAAAUAAAUCUCGUGCGCUGUUGGGAAAGAGUGAUUCACACCUCGCAACAUCUUUCUGAAAAAUCAAAAUGGAACGGCAACAGUGUAUCAGAUAAAUAGAGGAAUGCUCAUCUUCUCUUUCACCAUUAUCAAACGGAGCAGGAAGAGGGAAGUGUCUUCUUGAGAAAGGAAAAUG